CCAGCAUGCAAGGGACGCGGUACAGGGAGCUCGGAAGGUCAAUCGGGUGACAAUCCGCCUUCCAAACCGGCCCACUCUCCCCAGACAAGAUGAUGGAAGGUUAUCUGCUGAGCUGAAAGCCGCCCGAGCGAAGGUCAAUGAGAGGUCUUCUGACGCUCUGUGCGGGGAGCUGCUGAAAACUUUGAACAUCGGUCGCCGUCGCAAGUGGCGGAGAGAUUCGUGCGUUGAAAUUGCAUUGCGGCGGACCGGAGAAGGGAAACACAAAACUUACCGACAGCUACAAACAUCGUCCUCAGUGUUUCUUUCUCCUCCCGUAUCGUUUACAGUCGUAGCCGUUCAGGCGGUGGAAGGGGUUUGGCGCAUAGCAGCAGCAGCAGCAGCAGCAGCAGCAGGAGAGUGGACGUACUAUGACGUCCUCGCCAAUAUCCGCCGGCGACCAACUUCUACAGCACAUCGACGCGCAGCAACUUCUGGAUGGCGUGGAACAGCUGACGGAGCGUCUGGGUGGUGGCAGUUACGGCGAGGUCUGGGCGGGCUUGUGGUGCGGGGCGCAAGUGGCCGUCAAACGCUAUCGCUCCGUGGUUCUGCUUGACCAGCAAGGUGAGAACGGUGCGCGAUGCCCCUCGCCCUACGUGCAGAAAUUCCUUCGCGAGAGCGACAUCUCCAGGAGCCUACAUCACCCGCACAUCGUGCAGUAUUACGGAUUGUGCCCGCCUGUGUCAGGCCGGUUCGACAGUCCUGGGUUCGUGUCGGAGCGGCUUGUGUGCACACUCGGACAGCGCAUUUCAGCCCCACUGGGCAGCACUAGGCCAGACGGUCCCAGCAGGCCGGUGGUUGAACCCUUGUCUGCAGGCUGUGAAUUGCGCAUAGCACGCGGCAUGGCCAGUGGCCUGGAGUAUUUGCACCGCAGACACGUGCUGCACCGCGACGUAACCCUGAGCAACAUGCUGCUGACGUCCUGGUGCUCGCACUCGUGCCAGGCCAAGAUCGGUGACGUGGGAAACGCUCGCGUCAUGGCGGUGCGGGCAUGCGAACACGAAAUGACGGCCAUUCCCGGUGCGCUCGCCUACAUGUCGCCGGAGGUGUUUGGUAAUGGCAUGCACUCGCUGUACGGCACUCCAUCCGAUGUCUACUCCCUCGGUGUUGUGCUGCUCGGGCUGGUGCUGAGGGGAUACCCCAAUCCCGCGCGCCGCGCCGAGGACCUAGAACAGCUGGGCACACGUGACCAUGCACUCCGUGACGUCAUCCCACCCUGCCUUAAGGGAAAUCCCCAGGAUAGGCCAACCGCCGCAGAACUGGGUCGGCAGUUGUCGGAGAUUUCCGUGGGGCCAGAAGAGGCAGCGACACAACAGGAGAUGAAUGGUGCCGCAGUUGAGGCUGGAGUUCGGGAGCAAGGUGAACGUGGGGUCUACUGCCUCGCAACCGUCACCGAUCGUGUGUGCGCGCCGGAUGACGGUAGUGAAGAGAACAUCGUCAUGCCAGUGCAGCAAGAACAGGCAAGAGACAGGACGUUUGGACUAGUGGUACAUGGUAGACGGACUGUGGCACACUUUACAAACGACAAUGCGGCUGACUCUCAACGGCAGCACAUUGCUGACCCCUGUGCCACUGCUCUUGUCGCUACCAGUGUCGACAGUGCUGAUCACGAAAGCUCUGGCCUGAGUGCUCCCGACACAAUUACACCAAUUCGUGCCACCACACAUUCACCGCCGCAAGAUGGUGUUCACCAGGAGCAGAAUGGACAACAGGAUCAAUCACGACACUUGCCUCAACAAGAACUACAACUACAACAGCAGCAGCAGCAGCCAGCACAGCAAUCCUCGUCGCGACGAGUACAGGACAGUGGCUCGUUUGCACUGCGCAGGAUCGCUCGCCUUGAGAAGUUCUAUGCAGCUCUUCAGUGCCGUAUGGGUCCAGGACAUAGAGCAAAGCUAGCCUCUGGCAUUGUGGUCAGCAUUCACGGCAGUGACUUUGAAUACCGCAGCCGCAUCGAGAGCUUCAUUGCUGAGCGCUGUGGCAGCGGUCACUACGACGACGUUGGCGAGAUGAUCCCGUACUGGAUUUCGGAGAGGCCUGGCGUGACGGGCAGCAACCUGGUGCAAGUGGCCAAGGAGAGUGUCAACUACCUGGCUGGAGUGCAGUGCCAGGAAGAACUCAACAAAGUCACUGUUCACGUCCCUCUGGAGUGAUGCUGGCAACCGAGGCAUGCAGACCACCGUCAGCUUGCGGCACAUUGGUGCACAGCGACGGACAGCUACAGCAUGUCUAAGGCGGCUCAGCACGUAUCGAUCUAUACACUACCAUUGACAAUGGUCACAGGUGCUAUGCAGGGAGUCGCAAAAUACCGGUACUUUACGACUCCCUGGUGCAAUGGACAUACCCGAGCUGUGCAAUGUGCUGCUUUCAACACUUCUACCGAACAUGACUCACAGUGAACCUAGGGUACAACAACUCGAGGAUAGUGACAAUCUUCAGAACUAUAUACUCUAGUGACUAUUUGACUGCAUACGCUAAACCUCACAAAUACCGACACUUGUCUCAUGCACGGUGGUGGUCCUUACUUCCAAGGUUAACUGUCUACACAGGACGCAGCGGCGGAUCCAGUGAUCUCUACAGGGGGGUUCCAGUAUAGUCAAAACUGAACAGCUGAUACAUAUACAUGGACACACAUUUGGUUGCCAGUAGUACAUUUACGAAUUUUAGGGGGUUCCAUGGAACCCCUCCUGGAUCCGCCCCUGGGACGGAGGAAGCACACCUCCAAAGGUGUUCAGCUCGUGCGUGUGCUGCGGACGCGGUGUUCAGAGUGGGCUGCGGAUGCGACGUUGCCGCGUACAUUUAGCCCAUGCACAAGGUGGCCAGGCAGCCACAGGGUCCUCCUCGCAAGCUAGCUAGACUGGCAUCUUGUCACGUGCGAUACGGCCACAACAAGAUGACACGACAUCAAUCACGUCGGCAGUGUGUAUCGCCCAAGCCGAGCACGUCCUAGUACUACUCCUUGUGCAUGAAUCUGUGCUGGGCUUUGCAACAGUUGAACACAUAAUCGUGCUAUACCUAGUGCAGGGUGUGCGUUGGGCCACACAGAAUCGCACUGCACCGUCAGGGACAUGUGCUGAGCUUUGCAACACAGCAUCGCACUGCACCGUCAGGGACAUGUGCUGAGCUUUGCAACACAGCAUCGCUACAGUAGAUGCGUUACUCAACAAGCAUAACGUUAGGGUAUGCGGAUCAUACAUGCGAGCGUACGCUGGUGUUUGGACGCAUUGAUAUCCUGCAAGAGGCAGUACAGACCAAGCUGGCUCGGGAGGAAUGAUUCACAAAUUGAUUUACGUAAAGACUGCGCUCGUCCAUCAAUGCAACGAUUUCCAAGGCUUGAUCCGAUCACACCGUUCUACUGCAAACAUCACAAUCAAAUGCGCUAACGGCUUGAGAUUUAUAUCCAGUUUCUUUUAUAUUUUGUUAAUAUACAUUCUCCCCAUGUCAACAUUGCACAGAAUAUGAAGUAUGGUUUUAUGUACAUUGAUUAGAAAAAUCUUUCAUGACAUGUGAUGAUGCAGCAUGCCUACUCAAUAAUUAAAAUGUGUGAGAAACGAAUUGAAGCAAGAGGUCAGUUUUAUAACAGUAUGAACGUAUGAAGCAUA